AUGGAGCAUUGGAAUGAUGACUUAGAAAAUAACUAUGACGAAGACGAUGUUUUAGAUGAAGCGGUCAUCGUGAGUGCAUUGGUUAGUGAGUAUGCAGUAACAUAUUUAUGUAAAGAGCCAUGCAGAACAAGUGACCAAACUGGGCAUGCAUGGGUACAAGAAAUAUUGCGAGGCAAUCCCACUCGGUGCUAUGAGAUGUUUCGAAUGGAAAAACGUGUAUUCCAUUAUCUUUGUGCUGAAUUGUCUGAAUAUGGUCUAAAGGUCACUAAACAUAUGGGGGUCGAAGAAAUGGUUGCAAUGUUUUUAAAUAUGGUAGGUCAUGGAAUAGGUAAUAGAAUGAUACAAGAAAGAUUUCAACAUUCAGGAGAGACUGUUAGUAGACAUUUGCAUAAGGUUUUACGUGCUUGCUUGCAAUUGUCCUUCAAUUAUAUCAAGCCACAAGAUCCUACCUUUCGUGAGUUCCCAUCAAAAAUUCAAAAUGACCCACGAUAUUGGCCAUUUUUUAAGAAUGCUAUAGGAGCAAUAGAUGGAACCCAUGUUCGUUGUGUGGUUAGCUUGUUCGAACAACCAAAAUUUAUUGGAAGAAAAGGAUAUCCUACACAAAACAUAAUGGCUGCAUGUGAUUGGGACAUGUGUUUUACUUUUGCUUUAGCUGGAUGGGAAGGCACUGCACAUGAUGCUCGUGUUUUUUAUAAUGCUCUUACAACUCCUAGUAUGAACUUCCCGCAUCCACCUCCAGGUAAGUAUUAUUUGGUGGAUGCUGGUUACCCUACACCAGUUGGGUACAUUGGUCCGUAUAAAUGUGAACGUUAUCAUCUACCAGAUUUCAGGCGUUCAUCAGGAUUUCAAAAUGAGAACGAGAUAUUCAAUUAUUAUCAUUCAAGCUUGAGGUGUACUAUAGAAAGGACUUUUGGGGUAUGGAAGAAUAGAUUUGCAAUUCUAGAUCACAUGCCUCCGUACAAAAUCCAAACACAAGUUCAAAUAGUCAUUGCAACCAUGGCUAUCCACAAUUUUAUUAGAAGGCAUACUGACACUGAUUUUAAAUUUAGUCAGUAUGAAGAUGAAAAUAUCCUCGAAGGUAAUUAUGAUGAUCAUGUUGUUUCAUAUCCAUCACCAAGUGCCAACAUAGUUUCCUCAUCAGAAAUGGAUCGUCUUCGAGACUCAAUUCGAGAUCAAAUUCUACAAUGCAGGGAAAAUAACUAG